AUGCGUGUCCCUGCCCAAGAAAUACCUAUAUUAGAAAACCUCAUUACAAUAAGACACAAACUGUCUGCUCUGAAAAAGGACCGUGAGGCCCAUCCAGACGCCAACUUGAUCAUCCCACUCUACAAGGAAAUAGAAACACAAGUAGAGCUUCUAAACGAAACUCGAACUGGCGAUAUUUGGAAUGCUGCCUCUCGCAACAGACUAAAUGAUGUUCUGGACGAUAUCAUGGCCUUGUUGUCCCUGUUCUUUAUGAGCAUUGGAAGAAACAGAGAAAGUCCUGCUGUCUAUGUUCAACUGGUCACUGUGGAGAGAUACUUGGAUCAAUUAUCACACAUGGGAACAUACACGGAUACAAUUUUAUUGGAAAAUCAAGAGAGACUAAACGACAUUGAGAACAUUCUGUAUUCUGAUGCUAGUGAUUCAACAUUCGUCAAGGUCCUGAAACAUAAACUGGAAAAGUGCAAAUCCUCGCUGUCUGUUCUAUUGGCCAACACACAAGAUGUCUCAGAGUCAUUAAAACCCUUGCAUGAAGAAUUGAUCAAUUUGAGACGAAAAUUAGCCCUUUUAGCUCAGAAGCCAACCGGGUAUACAGCUGCUGAAGUAAACGAAAUACAGGAAAAGCUCCGUGAAUUAGACAAUUCAAAACUACAGUUAUUUGAGUCAAAUCCAAAAGGAAAAGCGUUGAUUGAAGGUCUGCUAGAACAGUUACAUGAGGAAUCGCAAGAUUUGAAAGCAUCCACAAAUAGUGUAUCCGAGUCAUUAGCACCCAUUGUCGAUAGAUUGAAGCAAAUCAAAUUACAGCUAGAGCGCUUAGCAUUGACACAUAAAUGGACCUUGAGAGAGACUGAUUUAUACACCUACCAUCUGCAAUUACAGGAGGUCGAGAAACUUCGAAUGGACGGUAGUUUCAAAGAUCCCAAUUCGGAUACCAUUCCAGAAGGUCAAGCUGUCAUCAACUUUUUAUUGCGUGGGUGUUAUCGCAUCAUGGCAAAGAUGUUGAGUGAGAAUGUACCAGUGGCAGAGGCGUUGAUGCCUGUUCAUAAUCAGUUGAGCACGGUGCGACGAUGUCUUGUAGAAGUGACAAAAUGGGGAAAGCCAGAUUCAGUUCGGGAUCUUUAUCCGUACCAAAUGAAGCUUGCUAGUAUCGAUAAUAUGAGAGUCAAUGGUACUUUUUGUGAUGAGGAAGGAAAUAUACCAGAAGGCCAAGCUAUUUGCGUUGCAUUGCUGAAUGAAUGUUAUGACAUCCUUCAUGAAUUGAUUGCACUAGCUGAUGCUUGA